AUGCCCUCCGAAUCACACACACACACACACCCCGUAAACACUGUUUUUUGUGCACGAGCGAAGAUCCCGGGGCAUCUGAACUUUCCGGGUCUGCAGACCACAGAAGCCGAAAGACGCCAUCGACUUCAAUGUUUCGUGUAUGCAAAAACGGAAUUCAACCGCUACCACCUGUUGGUUGCCAAGUUACCGAUUCCACGCGCUACCCGGUGCGCAUCUGCAUUUCACCUCCCUCCCAAGGUAAAAUCGGCACUCGCCUACAUUCGGGACACCCUGGCUUCGGCUGCUGCUGCACCGAAAGAAAAAUAG